UACCAGUUCACCUACUAAAUGACCUUUAAUAGUGCCCUCUAUAAUUUCUGCCGGAACUGUAUGGAAAAAAAAGAUGUUCCCCGGGUAGGCGCUAGCCAAGUUUAGUAAAGUAGGACUCUUUGAGUAGAUCUCCAUAAGACGUUACAGAAUAUCUAAGUGAGGUUAUCAACAUGGUGCAUAGCUACUUUGUUCUUCCUGGAAUCCGUUUCAUUAACAUUACCAGGUCAUAUAUCAUUGUUGCUGGUCUUGCCUCUGUCAUAUUAUGGAUCACAGGCGGCCAUGAUGUGUAUCUAGAGCAGACAGUUACUAAGUGGGGCAUAACAACAUCAGCCUUUGAACUUGCUUGCAUCGCCUUUAUUAAAGUCUUCAUCUUAUUCUAUCUUUACACCAAAGUUGAAGACUUUACAUUGCGUAUACUUAAUGAUCCGUACAACUUAUAUUUAGAAAGUCGUAAACGUCUGUGUCAUAUCUUCAUCUUUAUUGUGUCUUUCAUCUGCUUUGGGUAUGCGUCCGUCAAAGGGGGAUUAGUGUUGAACGCAAUUUUGAAUGACGCAUCGUAUACUCCGAUGCAUCCAACCUACAAUGCCCUAGUUAUCGCAUCGAUAGUCUUUGGUUUCAUUGACGUCUCAUUGAGCAUAAUUUCUCCGUACUAUCUUCGUAAAUUACAAGUGAUUCGCGUGCAGAAAAGAUUCAACGAUGACCUUCAGGAAAUUGACGAGAAUGGAAAGGUUAUAAUGAAGGAAAAAAGUGUGUCGUUAACACGUAUGUUGAGCCUUGCAAAACCAGAAGCUGGUCUUCUGUUUAUUGGAAUGAUUGCCUUGGUUUUUUCCAGUGCCUCUAGUAUGGCUGCUCCUCUGUUCUUUGGCAAGGUCAUAGAUGCUGCAGCUGUACAUCAGGAUAUGGCUAGAGUGAAUAAAGCUGUACUGAUCUUGUUUCUAAUUUCUGCUGGGGGUGCUGUUGCAUCAUUUUUUCGUUCAUGGGUUUUUACACUUGCUGGAACACGUGUGGUUUGUCGGGUGCGUCGGAACCUACUUGCUGCUAUCAUUCAGCAAGAUAUCGCGUUCUUUGAUCUAAAUCGUACGGGAGAACUUACGAGCCGUUUGUCUUCUGACACACAAGUAGUACAAAAUGCAAUCACAGUAAAUAUAUCGAUGCUUGUGCGAUACAUGUUCCAGAUCCUUGGCUCACUUGUUAUUAUGCUGGUGCAGAGUCCAUCUCUUACAGGUGUGCUCCUGUCUGUUGUACCUAUUGUGGCCAUUGGAGCUGUGCAGUAUGGUAAAUUUGUGAAGGGUAUUAGUAAAAAGUUCCAGGAUGCACUCGGCGAUGCGAGCACUGUUGCCGAGGAGUCAAUCUCAAGCAUUAGAACUGUCCGUAGCUUCACCAGUGAACGAAAAGCAUUGAAAUUGUAUUCAAAAGAAAUCGAAAUCAGCUACGGAUAUGGAAAGCAGAUAGCUCUGGCAUCUGGUAUAGCUAAUGGUAUUAUUGGUAUUGUCGCUCAGGGAGCCAUCACACUUGUGUUGUGGUACGGUGGUAAACUGGUUUACAAUAGCCAAAUCUCUGUUGGUAUAUUAACAGCAUUUAUGCUGUACACGUUAAAUGUUGCCAUGGCCUUUGCGUUCUUAAGUUCUCUGUAUGGUGACUUCAUGAAGGCAGUCGGUGCGUCUAUUCGUGUGUUUGAUUUGAUGGACCGUGUCCCAGAAAUUCGCAACAGUGGCGGUAACAGUCUCUUAGAUUUUGACGGCAGCAUUGACUUUUUAGAUGUAAACUUCACAUACCCAUCAAGACCAGAAACUCAAGUACUCAAGGGUGUGACGUUUGGUGUGAAACCGGGCCAAAUGGUAGCUUUGGUAGGUCCUUCGGGGGGAGGCAAGUCCACCAUUGUCAGCCUUAUUGAGAGAUUUUAUGAGCCUAACUCCGGUACCAUUCAUUUGGGUGGUACUGAUUUGAAAACACUUGACCCCCAGUGGUUUCGUAAGCAGAUUGGUAUGGUGAGCCAGGAACCUGUACUGUUUGCUUGCUCCAUAAAAGAAAACAUAGCAUAUGGAAAGGAUGCUGAUGAUGAAGAGAUUAUAGAGGCAGCCAAACAGGCCAAUGCUCAUGAUUUUAUUACUUCAUUCGAGGAAGGUUACGAUACAAAGGUCGGGGAAAGAGGCGUGAGGUUGUCAGGUGGUCAAAAACAGCGAGUUGCCAUUGCCCGUGCCCUUAUCUUGAAUCCGUCUGUCCUGCUCCUUGAUGAGGCUACUAGUGCAUUGGAUGCAGAGAGUGAAUUCCUGGUGCAAGAGGCUAUCGACCGAGCCAUGCAGAAUAGAACAGUGCUGGUGAUUGCCCAUAGGCUGUCAACAGUGCGAAAUGCAUCUCAGGUGGUGGUCAUAAAAGAUGGAGCCGUGGCAGAGAUGGGUACCCAUGAUGAGCUACUAGUGAAGGGAGGUGUUUACAAAGACCUUGUUCUACGACAGCUGAGUUCUGGAACUGAAAAGGAAGCUGUGAAAGAGAGUUCCAUAAACGGUGACUUGGACUAAAAUGAAAAAAAAAUCCAAAAUUUGCAAUGUGCAAUCCAGUAAAUAUAGGUUUUUUAAUAAUCAUUCAUUUAAAAUAUAAAAUGAAAACUUUAAAAUAAUCAAAUUAAAUAUUUUUGAUAUACUUUUACCUUGUUUUUUGUAAUAUACCUUGUUCAGUUGUUGUUUUUGUGACUAGGAUCAAUAGACAGUCCAAGUGAUUUCCAAACCAUGAUUCCAUAAUUAUUUACCUUUUCCAAUAGCUUCUUUGAUUGCUUGUCGUAUGUAAACUGGUGUUAAAAUGCUUGCCUCUAAUCCUGGACUUAUGAUUUUAAUCCUGUUUUAAAUCUUCAGGAUUGUAUUGCAACCAUAAACUCCCUCAAGCCUUGCAUGAAGAUUUUGCUUAUUCGAGUCCUUUUUUUGGACCUGAACAUUUUGGGAGCGGUCUUAAGCCUGUUUCCACUAGGCGAAUUUGUUAGCGCGAAUUGAAGGCGUUGGUUCGGUUCCUUCAGUUCUGAUUGGUUACAAUUUUUUUUCACUUCGUGAAAAAGUAGGAACAGUUUGAACUACAGAUUUUGCUGAAGCCAAACUCCGAUUGAAAUGUGCAUGCGUAUGAACCGAUGCUUUCGACUUGCGCAAAAUUCGCAAGUGAAAAACAGGCUUUAGGGUUUAGUCGCCAUAUAAAGGGUCCUGGAUUUAAAUAAUACAAAUAAUAUUGGAAUAAUUCUUCAAACAGGUUUUGUGUAGAGCCAAUAAUCAUACGGAGUAGCACAUCCUUCUGGAUGACCGUGGCUCUGCCACUCUUGUUAUUCCUUGCAUUUUUUUAUUGCCAAAAGGAAUAAAAUUAAAUCGUUCAAAGUAGAAUGUUGAGGCCCUUUAAGCAAAUAAAGUACUUCAUUGCAAACAAUUAUAUUGCUAGUGAUGUAAGAGCUCCCACUUGCUAAAGCUAGGGGACUCUCACCUUUUGGUGCCCUGCAAGUAAUGUAUCGAUCAGUAUGUUUUUGUUGCCAGAACCGUAGGCUCUGUAUUGACCAAGUAGAUGUCUUCAAGAUAUGCCCCAUACUUCACUGAGGCCCUAUCACUAGGGAAGCUUUAGCAAGAGGCCGGUGGCUUCUUUGUUAUUCCACCACACAUUGCCAACUAUGGUAGUUUAGGUUUCUUCUUGUAGUUUGAUUUCUGUAGGGGCAUUAUUUUUUCUUCACUUAAUUGCAAUAAAUUCAAAAUUGUACUAGUAUUUUUAACAUUAAGAUAUUUUAUUGGUUCCACUGAAAUAUUGAAAUGGUAAUCAGUUUAUAAAAAAUGUCAAGCAGGAUUUGAACCUGCAACCUAUAAAAGCAUAUAUAUACAUACUAUAUAUAUAUAUAUAUAUAUAUAUAUAUAUAUAUAUAUAUAUACAACAAUAAUAAUAUUAGUUUCAUCAGAAAAUAGCAAUGAUUUUUAUAUGGUUGUGAUUAUUUUUUAAUCAGGGAUAAUUUUUAUAUGGUUGAUUAAAAAUAAAGUUGUAUCUACUUAAUUAGCAGACUAA